AAUAAGGUGUAAUGUCCUUUUUAUCUUAAAAGUUUUAAGGACUAAUGAUGAUGUUAUUUACACAGAGCAAGUGGAUAGUAACUGUCCUCUUUGGUGUUUUCAUUAUUUGGAGGCAUGAUGCAGAAGCAUUAUGGUUUGCAGGAGGGUCCAUUUUAAAUGCAAUGUUUUCUAUGUCACUCAAACAUAUAUUGAAUCAGAAAAGACCUUCAAGUCUCAAAUCUGAUCCUGGAAUGCCAUCUUCACAUGCUCAAUCCAUCUUCUUUACUGUCAUUUUUAUUAUAUUGUCAAGUAUUAAAUUGCUAACAAUAAAUGAACUCACCAUUACUAGCAGUAGUUUGGCUUUGGCAUUUGGCUCUUACUUUUCAUAUCUAAGGGUGUCACAAAAACUUCAUACAGUGAGUCAAGUGAUUGUUGGAGCUGUUAUUGGAUCUAUUUGCUCUAUCUUAUGGUAUUGCCUAUGGAAUGCCUUAAUGCUAGAUGCUUUUGUAUCCUCUUUGUGGGUCAGAAUCAUUGUGGUUUUGGGGUCUGCAGGAAUUUGGUUAUGUUUUCUUAUACAUGUGAUUUGCCAGUGGCUUAAAGACAAGAGAAAUGAAACUUGAUGAAAUGUGAUAUCAUAUAACAUUAGCAUUGUAUGCU